AUGCCUGAAAAGAAGCGAAAAGUAAUCGUGGCGUCCAGGGUUCACACGCAAGGCGAGAAGGAGACGAAGAUAGUUACCACCCGAACUCAGGUAGGACAAAAUAGAACUACUCAUCAGUUUUUACGUGAUCCACUUUGUCUAAAAUUUAAAAUCACCUUAACUUCUCGGAAUCGUUUAUUACUUAUCUCGGCGCUGGUUGAAGAUUCAGGAGGGAAAUUUGCAAGAAAUGAUCUAUGAUCUUUCUGGAUGCGGAAAAUUUUGGAUAUUUCGUAUAACCUCAUGGUACGCGUGUUUUAUUUUUAGGGUGCAUUAUUAAGGGGGUCUAAAAUUAGGACAAUAACUUUUGUCAUGGACCAAGAAUGUCAUUGAAUCUGAUUUUCGUUUCAGAAGACUCAGUAGUCUUUCACAACUAAAUUUUUAGUCCACUGGUCCCACCAAACAGUCCAAGCCCAAAGCUUCGACCCCUGCCGGUACUCCCAAGGCCACCAAGAACGCCAAUAACCGCAAAACAGUAACUCAAACCCUUCCAUCUCCGAAGAAUGCAGCUAAACCUUCUCCAAACCCCAAGACCACCUCUUCAAUGCCCUCUCCAACUCCCAAAACUGCCGCUGCGACCACUCCAAUCAAGCGUAUCCCGGCAAAAGCAAGUCCCGCUCAAACGGCCAGACCCGCCGAACCUCCCCCAUCAGUCGUCAAUGAGCCUGCCGAACCUCUGGCUGCUGCUCCAGUGACUGCCGAGCCAGUGGCAGCGGCCACGCCGACUGUAAGACCAGCUUUGCCCACUCUCAAACCUGCCGCUAAACCAAUGGUCAGUGAGGCUACCGUUGAGCCCGAAAAGACAACAACGACUGCCUACACGGACUUGCAGAAGCCUAAAUCCCCAGCCAAGGCUGAAAAAGUCCCAGCAAGAAACUAUGAAGCCACCAAAACCAUGGGCGGCGGACUCGAUUAUUCGAUUUUAGUGAAGCCGCAGAAGCCGAUGGUAAGACCUAAAAUUAUAUAAAUGUUUAAGAGUAGAAUAAGUUCGACAAUUUUUGAUAGAGUUGUAGAUAUAGUAAGGAUAUAAUAUUUUCAGUUUUACAAAGAUCAGGCUUGGCUGACCUUAUUCAUUGUCAACACCAGCAAAUUUCGACUUUGUUUCCGAAUCAUCCCUCCGAAUUCUAAAAAUUUUACUGUAACCCCGCUCAGUGGAUUCGUCGAAAUUGGCAAAUCAACAUAUGUGGCUAUUCAGAGACUUGUAAGUUUCUUUUAUACGACUUUCGUUUCCUACAAUGAAUUUAUUUGUUUUCAUUUUUUUAAUGCUCGUCCGGAUUACUGUAGCCCGUAAUUGUGAUUCCAGAAGAUGGCCGUUGAGUACGAGGAUCGUCUGGAGAUUGAGUUUGGGCCUGAUACGGGAGUUCAACAAGCCGCCGUCCUAUUCGAUGACGCUUAUUGUGAUUCGGAUAAAAUGGAAGUUCUCAUUACUUGUACCAACCAACCGGAGCCGGUCAAGAAGUCAUCAAAACCCACAUAA